AUGCCGACUCCAACAUCCCUCCUUCUAAUUUUCCUCAUCUCAACAAUCUCCUGUUUCCCAUCACAUCAAGGCUACGAAUCCAAAUACGGCUCAAAUCACAAAUCCUCCGAACACGGCGAUUUCCUCGGCGAACAUCAAGGAUACGGCAGUCAUUAUGAUGAGCAAGCCAAAAAAUCCGAUGAUGGAGCAAAUGGAUAUUACGAGGGAAAAUAUGGAGAAUCGGGAAAGAAAGUGGGAAAAGAGGAAUAUACAGCGGGUGAUGAAAAUGGACACAAAGAUGAGGAACAUGAAAAAAGUGCAAGGAAGUAUGGAGAUGGAUUCGGGUUCAAGAAAUUCUCGUAUUUCUCAAGUGGAAGUGGACCAGCUGGAAGUUAUCAGAAAGGGUAUUAUGGACAUGAGGAUUAUGAGCAUGAUGAUAAGAAGACCAAAUAUUCAAUGAAUGCGGAAGAUGAUGGAUUUAAGAAGGGGUAUAAUGGAGAUGGUAAAUAUUAUGAUGAUCAAUAUAAUAAUUAUGAUAAGGUGAGAGAGAGUUUGGGGCUGGAAAAUUGGAAAAAUGUUGGGCGGCGAGUGGGGUCGAACCUUCGUCUUGCAAACAGUGGGCACAAUUGUAUACCACUCGACCACACGGUUUUUGCAUAUAUUUGGUUUUCUGGGCCAUUUUCCCGAAUUUUUUGAGACCUGAAAUCUUGAUGAAAUUUUUUAGGGGUUGGACUGAAAACGACGAUUCAACGCAAAAUUGAGAGAUUUAGAGAAAAAUAUUUUUGAUCUACCAGAAAAUUUCUUGAAGAGAGAUUUUGGGUAGUAAAUUACAACACCCUGUGGUGAAAAAACCCACGUGGAUUUUUUUUUCAGAAAAUAUUUUAUAUUCUUGUACUAUAUAUUUUUGUAGUUAUUAUCAAUACAUAUAUUUUUCGGAUUUUUCCAAAUUUUGAAACCUAAAAAAUCCGGGUCAAAACUCACAGGGGGACUGGGAUCCCCGUAAUGAAAUUCCUGGAGAUCUAACAAGGCUUCCAGUUAGGUUUCAGAAUGCCACGUAGAUCUCACUGAAGAAAAUUCAAACUUUUCAAAAAUUAUACUUUUUUUGGAAUCCCAAGUUUCAGAAAUUCCAAAUUCUGGGAUUAUUCUGAUUGUCAUAGUUGAUUCUGAAGAUCCACUGAAGUCUCUGGAUUAAAAGCGGGCUAAUUUUUUUUUCUGUGAUCCCAGAAGUUCCCUACAGAAGCCUUAUCUCCCAAAAAAAUAUUCCAGGAAUCCGACGCGCACAAAAAACACCACUCCGAUUACGAUCGCGCCAACCAUGGCGCCAAAUACGGCGGCGCUUCGAAAAAAUCGCAUUCCGAAGGUUGGAGAAACGAAAAAGAUGAGUACGACUCGAAAUAUGGACACUAA